GUCAGCACUUGAUUUAGUUAUUAUGUCCACACACGCACGCUAAAAAAGCGCAAACGGGAAGAAACUGUUGGGCGUAAAUUCUAUGUCUGAACUCACAAGACUCAACUGAAGUCACAUGGCUGAUGGCACACAGUAUGUUUAUCAAAUCUGAUCUCAACAAUUGGACUUAUCCUUUUCUCUACCUUCUACUACUGAAAAUGAAGCUUCUCCUACCUGACCUGACCAGGAGGUUACUAUAAUAUAAAUCAUGUAACUUGGAUAAAGAAGUUGAAUCCGGUUGGUGAAUGCGAUGCUAGAACAAACGAAGUUGAAGCUCAUGUUUAGCUUUUCUAUCUAUCUGGAUACUUGAAGAUCACAUUGAUUGUUGAUGGGUUUUAUUUAUUUCGAUCAGAUUUUUACUCACCCAACUCAACAAUCUUCUUUCAACAGGCAUGGAUCUCUCACUUUUUGAUUCAGAUUUUUUGAAUUCGGGUUUCCCAGUGUAGUUUUUUGUUUGGGUUUUAGAUAUUUUUUUACACGUUUUGCGCGUUGUUGUCCAAUGCUCAGUUUAGUUUUUCUGAUGAGCGCUUAUUAAGGGUUAGACUUAGAUACAGAUGGCUAUUACUCGGUUAGGCCGCCAAGCAAAACGACCAUAUGGGUUCUGCGCAAAGAUGACGGCAGUGGCCGUCUUGGGUCUCUGCUUCGUAUUCGUAUGGUCUCUGUUCUCUUCUUCUUCAUUUUCCUCUUCAGUGGCCGCUCGAAGAGAAAGCUUCGAUGACUUAGCUGAACCUGUAUCAGGAAGCUCGAGGGUACGCAAUUUCGGUACUAAAUCUAGUAACAAAGAAGUGAAAAAACAUGAAACGAAGGUGAUAUCUGGCUCUAGUUUGGAUAAAGAUGAGAAAAAGGUUAACGGGUCUGUCUCUAAGUCUUUCCACGAGCAUAAACAUGAGAAAAUGAAUCCCAGAGCAGUACCUAUUAUAAAAAAGGAGAAAGAGAAGAAAAAGCUACCGGAAAAGACUACAGAAGGAGAAGAGGAACCAGCAGAAUCUGAAGAAAAAGAAGAAGAAGAAGAAGAAGAAGAAGAGUCAGACAAGGAAAAGGAUGGAUGGGAAGAAGAAGGAUUGGUAGUAGAUGGUAAGGAAGAAAAUUUGGAUAGAGAAGGUGAAGGGAGAGAAGACACGGAAGGUGAAGGUGGUUUGGUUGAGACGGUGGAUCAGGAAAAUGAAGGAACGUUGGAAAGUGGCGAUGAUGAAUCGAAGAAAGGAGGAAAGAAGAAGAAAAAGUUCAAGGGUCCUUUGUUUGAUCCAAAAAUGCAUUAUAACUGGAAACUAUGUAGUACAAAGAGCAAACACAAUUACAUCCCGUGUAUUGACUAUGAAACAAGCUCUUGGAAGCUCCAAAGCUAUCGACAUACAGAGAGGAGUUGCCCAAAAACACCAAUAAUGUGUCUUGUACCUCUUCCACAUGAUGGAUAUGAGGUUCCAAUUCACUGGCCCGAGAGUAAAGAGAAGAUAUUUUAUAAGAAUGUGGCACAUCCAAAACUUGCAGCGUUCAUUAAGAAACAUAGUUGGGUGGUGGAAUCUGGGGAGUAUCUAAGUUUCCCCCAAAACCAAUCUGAAUUCAAGGGUGGAGUUCUUCAUUACCUCAACUCCAUUGAAGAGACGGUGCCUGACAUUGAAUGGGGAAAGAAUAUUCGGGUAGUGCUGGACAUUGGUUGUACGGAUUCAAGUUUUGGAGCUUCUUUAUUUAAUAAGGAGGUAUUAACGUUGUCAUUGGGCCUGAAAGAUGACCUAGUCGACCUAGCUCAAGUUGCUCUUGAGCGAGGUUUCCCUACCAUGGUGAGCCCUUUUGGUAGUAGGAGGCUUCCUUUUCCUAGUGGUGUUUUUGAUACUAUUCAUUGUGGCGGAUGCACCAUAAAUUGGCAUUCAAACGGGGGGAAACAUCUUCUAGAAAUGAAUAGGAUUCUAAGGCCUGGCGGAUACUUUAUCCUAUCAACUAAACAUGACAACAAUAUUGAAGAUGAAGAAGCUAUGACCACCUUGACCUCAUCUAUUUGUUGGAAUAUUCUGGCGCAUAAAACUGAUGAUGUCAGCGAAGUGGGUGUGAAAAUUUAUCAAAAGCCUGAGUCAAAUGAGAUAUAUCAAUUGAGGAGGAGGAGAUAUCCGCCUUUGUGCAAGGAAGAUGAAAAUCCAGAUGCAGCAUGGUAUGUUCCCAUGAAGACUUGCUUGCACACCGUUCCCUCGGCUAUUGAGCAACGUGGAACAGAGUGGCCAGAUGAAUGGCCUAAGAGGCUUGAAACUCUUCCAGACUGGUUGGAUGAUAAAGAUAAAUUGGCUGCAGACACCAAGCACUGGGCUGCUAUUGUUGAAAAGUCAUAUCUUACUGGAAUGGGAAUUGACUGGAAGAAUAUCAGAAAUGUAAUGGACAUGAAAGCCAUAUAUGGAGGAUUUGCUGCAGCUCUUGCACAGCAGAAUGUUUGGGUGAUGAAUGUGGUCCCUGUACAUGCACCAGACACACUUUCGAUCAUCUUUGAACGUGGACUUGUUGGAACCUACCAUGACUGGUGUGAAUCUUUUAGCACUUAUCCUAGAUCAUAUGACCUUCUCCAUGCUGAUCAUCUGUUUUCACGGCUAAAAAACAGGUGUAAACAGCCAGUGUCGAUUGUUGUCGAGAUGGAUCGAAUACUACGGCCAGGAGGUUGGGCAAUUAUACGUGAUAAAAUUGAGAUACUGGAUCCUUUAGAAGGGAUUUUGAGAAGUUUGCAGUGGGACAUUCGAAUGACUUAUGCUAAGGAUAAAGAAGGCAUCAUUUGCGUGCAAAAAACCGGUUGGCGGCCUUAACUUUCCCAAGUUGUGUACUUGGGUUGGGGUAUCGUCUAUGAUAUGACUGGACUACUAAUUUUACAAAGAUAUUUGUUCCUUAUUACUGAACGCAAAAGGCAACGACAAAGGCAGAGCUCUUUUCACUUGAAAUUAAAGUUUUGAGACGUCUUGUUAUUGUUAACAGGAAACUCUUUUUUUAAAUAUAUAUAAUUUUUAUUAGAAACAAGGAAUUGAUUGGAUAUGGAUAGAGAUAUUCUUAGAUUUUUUAUUUUUCAGGGUGGAUUAUAAUUUUAAAGUUUUGUAAAGGAAAAAGCUGGAGGUUUACACUA